AUGCCCACCGUCAUACCCUUCAAUAUCGCUAUUUCAGAUGAGAAGCUGCGCCGGCUGAAGCAGAAGCUCCUACUUACUGAAUUUCCUGAUGAAGUCACGAACACAGGCGACCUUUGGGCUCGUGGUGUGCCAUUGAGCGAGAUUGAACGCCUGGCGGCUUACUGGGCGGAAACCUUCGAUUGGAGAAGGGCCGAAGCCAAGUUGAACGAGCUUCCACAGUUCAUCACCACGAUUGACGUGGAAGACUUCGGACAAUACAAUGUUCACUAUGUCCACCAGCAGUGUGAUUCUAAGCAUGGUAUUCCGCUCCUAUUCCUCCAUGGUUGGCCCGGUGGGUUUUUCGAGGUCUCGAAACUACUACCUUACCUGAAAGGCGGCGAGAGUGAGGCUGCGUUCCAUGUCGUCGCACCCAGCUUGGUCGAUUUUGGAUUCUCAUCCGGAAGUAAGAAGGACGGAUUCGCCAUCGAUCAGCAUGCCGAAGUGUGUCACAAGCUCAUGAUAUCUCUCGGGUAUAACGAAUACGUAGUGCAAGGCGGCGAUCUCGGCGGCCUAACAGCCCGUUUCAUCUCUCUGAAAUAUGGCCGCAGACACUGUAAAGCAGUUCACACGAACAACGCUCUACCAGCGGAGCCAACUGAAGCCAAGCAUCCCGAACUCUAUGCCCAGCUUCAGUCCACGCCCCUCAGCACUCUCGAACUCAAUGGACUGACGCACACCGCAAACUUCUUCUCGAAGGCUUCGGGCUACUAUCAGCUUGCCUCUACUCGACCCCAGACCCUUGGAUAUGCAUUGACAGACAGCCCAGUCGCGCUGCUCGCGUGGAUAUACGAAAAGCUGCAUGACUGGGUCGACAAAUAUGAAUGGACAGAUGAUGAGAUUUGCACCUGGGUGAGCAUCUACUGGUUUUCUACACCCGGCCCAGCUGCUUCCAGCCGCGCGUUCUACGAGUUCGAACAUCGGCAACCAGAAGGAGCUUUCCCUGCCUCACAGGCCUACAUUGAUGUCCCGCUCGGCGUGGCACGUUUUGCGAACGAUACCGUUUUACUACCCCGUCUAUGGAACAAGACGCUCGGCCCUGUGAUAUAUGAGAGCGAGUACGAUGUAGGGGGUCAUUUCGCAACAUGGGAACGGCCAGACGCCAUCGCGAAAGACCUGAUAACUAUGUUUGGUAAAGGCGGUCCUGCAUUCGCUUGUGUGUCAGGGAAAAGCGGCUUCGACUAGUCAUAUCAUGAUCAAUGAUUUCAACAAGGUUGCAAUGCAAUGUAAACUCGUUAGGCUUAGUGAAUUAGCCAAACGGUGCCUUUGUGUGUUCAACCAUUCAUACAAGCCCUGAAGAUAUUACUGUGGUGUAUCAUCUUGUCUGAGGGCUGCCCGUGGGGUAAUCUGUUCCGCAAAUGCAUC